UUGGCUGUAAGGAGCUUUUGCGGAAAGGAAAGGUAAACAUUUCGGUAACCCAGCAAACUGACAUUUAAACGGAACUACCAUGAGCUAAAGCGACAUUCAGCGCUGUAAACGUCCCAGACUCUUUGCGUUUAGGUGUGUGAGAGAGUUUGGCAGACAUGGUGGAGGUGUUUUCUGGUCGGACUCUCCUGAAUAAAGACGGCGACUUCGUGGACCCCGAGGAAGCGCUGAGGAACAAAGUGGUGGGGAUUUACUUCUCUGCAGGAUGGUGCCCUCCGUGUCGGGACUUCACACCUGUCCUUUGUGAUUUUUACACGGAGCUGGUGGAGGAAAGUGAGCCUCCCGCUCAGUUUGAGAUCGUGUUUAUCUCCUCAGACAAGUCGCUGGAUGACAUGGUCGAAUAUUACCAUGACAUGCACGGAGACUGGCUGGCUUUACCCUGGAGUGAUGAUUAUAAGCAUGAGUUAAAGCAGCGCUACAAAAUCACAGCAGUUCCCAAACUGGUGAUCGUGAAGGAGAACGGCGAUGUGAUCACCGAUAAGGGCAGGAAGCAAAUCCGAGACCGAGGCCUGGCCUGCUUCAGGACUUGGCUGGAUGCGGCUGAGAUUUUUCAGAACUUCAAGGCUUAAGGAGAAGCAUAAACUCAAAGUCACUUGUAAAAUACUUAAUUCACUUCAGCUACAGUCUGAAUUGUGUGCAAACUAAGUGGGGAAAAAAGAGAGAAGAAAAAACAGAUUUUCUUCACCCAAAAAAACAUUUCUUAGUUAUUGAUUGGAUAUUUUUAGCCUUAAAACACUGUGAUUGAGCUCGGUUGAUUACAGCUUUGCAAACAUGCAGUUACAUACUAAGAUGCUGCUUUAGUUGGAGACCUUUCUAUGCAUAAGAGAUAAAUCUCAGGCUCAGCUGCAAGUGAAGUUGUAUAUUUUGUGUGAUUAACAGCUGCCGUAGAUCUCAGGUUACAUUAAAGCACGCUUCUGCAGCAGCUAAGCUUUCAGCAACACCUUCAACCUCCACCUAAGGAGAAAUGUAAAAUACUUCAUCUGUUAUAUUUAUUAAACUGCCUGUAUAUAUUUUUUUGUUGCAUUUUUUAAAAAAUUGGUAAUAAAAAUGCAUACCAUGAAA